AUGCUGGACAUCCGCGGGGCACCCCCAGGACCCGCUCCCGUUCCAGUUAGGUGCAAAGCGCUGCCCUCGGGCGUGCUUAGAGGGGGCUCGGGAAGGGGGUCUGCGGGUGGACACAGGCAGCGGGUCAGCGCGGGCAGCGGGUGCGCGCGGCGGAGCCUCCGAGCGCCACCCGAGCGCCGUGCGCCCUGGCGCGCUCCGCAGCCGGCGGCGGUGGCGUGUGCUGACGUGACGGGGCGGCCAGCUGCGAUUGGCGGCCGCGGCCUCACCCGACCACGAGCCGCGGGGCGCGCGGGCGGAGCGGGGCCGCCGCGGACACUCCCCGCCGGGCGGGGCCUCGCCUAUAAGCCGCGCCGCGCGCCCGGCCGCCGCGGGCCCGACUCCCGGGGAGUCCGGCUGGGCCGCUGUCCGCGCGCGCGCUCUCCACGGCCGCAGAUGCCCAGGCUGGAGGACCGCUCCUGGGGCUGCGCCCGCGCCCCCAAGCCCGGCGUCCAGGGCGCGCAGGCCGCCCGGGUGGAGGAGAUGCUCGCGGCCUCCGCGGCCAGCCCUGGCCCCGACCCCGACCCCGACUCGCCCCGCGCCCACCCGCGCCCGCGCCCCAGCUGGCACCACCGCGCGCUGCCGCGGGGCCUGGUGCUCUUCUCGGUCGGCGCCGUGCUGGCGCUGGUGCUCAACCUGCUGCAGGUGCAGCGCAGCGUCACCCUGUUCCCCGACGAGGCCCUGGCCGCCGCCUUCUCCUCCGCCUGGUGGGUGCCCCCCUGCUGCGGCACGGCCGCGGCUGUGGUGGGCCUGCUGUACCCCUGCAUUGACAGCCACCUGGGCGAGCCCCACAAGUUCAAGCGGGAGUGGGCCAGCGUGAUGCGUUGCGUGGCUGUGUUUGUCGGCAUCAACCACGCCAGUGCUAAGCUGGACUUCGCCAAUAAUGUGCAACUCUCACUCACCCUGGCUGCCCUGUCACUGGGCCUCUGGUGGACGUUUGAUCGCUCACGGAGUGGCCUGGGCCUGGGAAUCACCAUUGCCUUUCUGGCCACACUCAUCACCCAGCUGCUGGUCUACAAUGGCGUAUACCAGUACACCUCCCCGGACUUUCUGUACAUCCGCUCCUGGCUGCCAUGCAUCUUCUUCUCAGGGGGCGUGACUGUGGGCAACAUCGGGCGCCAGCUGGCUAUGGGUGUGUCUGAGAAGCCGCACAGUGACUGACCAGCUGCUUGCCGCAGGGGCUGCGCCCCCCAAUCGCCUCGGCUCCCACAGGGGCUUGUAGGACUACAGAGCUCUGCCAGGCCAGGCGCAGCUUCCCUGGGGAUUCGCUUCCGCUGGUUAGUUAGCAGAGCUCCUGGCCUCUUCCAUGGAAUCUGGGACUCGACCAACUCCAGCAGCCUUCGGCCUCACUCACUCGCAUCAGGGCUCCCAGCAGGGAAGAAGCUGAUGGUGCUUCAUACGUCAUGGCACGUGGCAGAACAUGAUCUGGAAGGUUCUGAGGUUGACCCACCUGUCACGGGGCUGGUGCAGACAAUCCUGAGAGCGAGUGAGCGCAGGAGGUGGCUGCUGCUCAGCACGGGAACUGGGCCUGCCCAUGCCAGCCCUGGGGCACACGGUCCUGCGGUAUCCGCAAUCUGACUGUGGGGUGCAGAGAGAAGCCAGGAUGUCCGGACCUCUGACCUCCACCGCUGCACAGAGCAUGGAUAUGGUUGUGGGCCUCCUCACUUCAAGUGCAAUGUCCCUGAGCACCACUAUGAGCCUUGGAUCCUCCAGAUAUUUAUUUUUGUUAACUGUUAGCACGAGGGUCUUCAUUUCAGCGCCCUGGCGGCCCUGGGACCCAGUACUGGGAAUGCUCCAGUUCUGGAGUCUUGUCUGUGGAAGCUCCCAACAACGAGACGAGACGCGAUGUUUCUUCACCAAUUGACUGUUUUGGGGUUUUUUUUGUUGUCGUCGUAUUCUGCAAUUGAGCUACAUUUUUUUUUUAAUUUGAUUCCCACGGGGUAGAAGGACUAGAUGGAAAUGUCUUUGGGGGGCAGGGCAGGCCACUGCCCCUGGGGGCUACUGAGGGGCCCCACGGAUUGUUCAGAUGGAAUAAAGUCGAGCUUUUCGUGGCUUUUUUUUUUUUUUU